UGGAUCUGGGAGGGCGUCCGCGGCGGCUGCGGGAGCCGAGAGGCUGCCAGUUCCCGGCAGCGCGGGGAGGAGGGAGGCGCGGGUGGGGCGCGGCGCCGGGGAGGGGAGCAGCGCGCAGGGGAGGGCUGGAGGGGAGGGAAGGAGAGAGAGAGGGGAGGGCGGCACCGCCCCUAGCCCCGCGCUCCGGAAGUGAAGCGGCCAGACCACCAGCUAAUGGAUGCGGAGCGGAGGGCCUGCUGACCGCUCUCCGCGCCUGGGGCAGCUUGGCUUGGCUGGAGCUAAGAGCCAGACACACCAUUGUGUGGAGGUGGGUGACGUCUUCCUGUGCUAAAAGGUGAAUGAAUAAAUAAGCUCCUCACCUCUUGCGGAACACUUGGGAACACAUAAACAGGGUUCCAAGCCACCCUGCUGGGAGGCUUCUCUCCAAGAAUUCUGGGUACCAGAGUGGAAGGCAUUUUCCCACCAACUGGAGAGAGACAAAACAUCGGAGACCAGGAGGCUGUGGAGAAAGCAGUUGACCCAGGUGCCUCAACUAUCCCAGAAGGGUCAGCGCCACGUGGCUGCCAGCAUCUUUGAGAAGAUCAUCCGCAACCAAACUUCAGAGCUGCGGACAGAGGUGUGGUUAGAACUGAGAUACAACCUGCCCACCUGGGUCAGGUCUAAAGACAAGAAGUCCUGAGUUCUUGCCACUGAGGAGGCCAGGGUCAUUUGUCCAGAAAACUUUGGGACUGUCUUUGAGUGCCCUAGUCUGGGACCCAUUCACUGGUGGGUUCUAAGGUUAGACGCUCAUUCAGGAUAUUUUCAAUACUAAGUCAGUGCAUAGCUGCCCCACUAACAAAUUGGUGCCCGCAGAGUCAGAGCGGGUCAGUUCUUGGGACAAUGGCGCUGGCGCUGUUAGAGGACUGGUGCAGGAUAAUGAGUGUGGAUGAGCAGAAGUCACUGAUGGUUACGGGGAUACCGGCGGACUAUGAGGAGGCUGAGAUUCAGGAGGUCCUUCAGGAGACUUUAAAGUCUCUGGGCAGCUAUAGACUGCUUGGCAAGAUAUUCCGGAAGCAGGAGAAUGCCAAUGCUGUCUUACUAGAGCUUCUGGAAGAUACUGAUGUCUCGGCCAUUCCCAGUGAGGUCCAGGGAAAGGGGGGUGUCUGGAAGGUGGUCUUUAAGACCCCUAAUCAGGACACUGAGUUUCUGGAAAGACUGAACCUCUUUCUAGAAAAAGAGGGGCAGACGGUCUCAGGUAUGUUUCGAGCCCUGGGGCACGAGGGCAUGUCUCCAGCCACAGUGCCCUGCAUCUCACCAGAAUUACUGGCCCAUUUGUUGGGACAGGCAAUGGCACAUGCGCCUCAGCCCCUGCUACCUAUGAGAUACCGGAAACUGCGAGUGUUCUCUGGGAGUGCUGUCCCGGCCCCAGAGGAAGAGCCCUUUGAGGUCUGGUUGGAACAGGCCACGGAGAUAGUCAAAGAGUGGCCAGUAACAGAGGCAGAAAAGAAAAGGUGGCUGGCAGAAAGCCUGCGGGGCCCUGCCCUGGACCUCAUGCACAUAGUGCAGGCAGACAACCCGUCCAUCAGUGUAGAAGAGUGUUUGGAGGCCUUUAAGCAGGUGUUUGGGAGCCUAGAGAGCCGCAGGACAGCCCAGGUGAGGUAUCUGAAGACCUAUCAGGAGGAAGGAGAGAAGGUCUCAGCCUAUGUGUUACGGUUAGAAACCCUGCUCCGAAGAGCGGUGGAGAAACGCGCCAUCCCUCGGCGUAUUGCGGACCAGGUCCGCCUGGAGCAGGUCAUGGCUGGGGCCACUCUUAACCAGAUGCUGUGGUGCCGGCUUAGGGAGCUGAAGGAUCAGGGCCCGCCCCCCAACUUCCUUGAGUUAAUGAAGGUAAUACGGGAAGAAGAGGAGGAAGAGGCCUCCUUUGAGAAUGAGAGUAUCGAAGAGCCAGAGGAAGGAGAUGGCUAUGGCGGCUGGAAUCAUGAAGGGGACGACUGAAAACCACCCAUGGGCAGUGGGCCUAGGGACAUUCACUUUACUAGGCUAAGACCUUUAAAUUUUUUUUUCUUUAAUGUAUGGGACUAAAAUCAAAGCAUGACAGCCAAUUAUUGACCUUCCUUUCCUUCCUUCCU